AUGGUUGACGAGUUUGGUAACAAAGAAAAAGCAAAGGUGAAUGUUACCACCGACAAUGAAUGGUCUCCAAGGUGUAGGUUCGAACUCAUUCCUAGAGAAACACGUGACUUUCAUGAAAUGUUAUUUUUCCACCAAACAGAUCCAGAAUCCCCGUUUACCCACGAUCGCCUUUGUACUAUGGAAAAAUCCUGGGGAAGGAUAACUCUUUCGGGGAACAAACUGACAAAGUCGACUUAUCUGGGAGACAACAAGAUCAGAAAGGGAACAAAGGAACUUCUCGGUAGAGAGGAGAAUGUAGUAAAUGAACUUGAACAGCAGUUUGGAAUAAGAAAGGAAUCUUGUCUAUACCCCGAAGGUUCCAUGUACUGCGGAUCAGAUCAGAGCAAGAAAACAUCGAUUUAAAAAAUACUCUUUCCGUACGCUGUUCGUAGAAAGUCUCUUUCGUUUUUAAAUUUAAAUUACAAUUUUCCUCUUUCUCUCCUCUCUUGUAUCCUUUUAGUAUUCACGCGCACCACGCGUGAUUUUACAAAUUAGCCGAUCACGUCAAAGAACUCAAACUUUGACAAUAAAAACUGAUGUGGACAUAUUUCGCGUACAUUUGUUACGUUGUUUGUUUUCAGUUGUUUUGAGCUUUCAUUCGCGCAAAUUUGUUACCCCUUUGUUUGGAGUUUUAAGAAAAUUCUUUAGUUCUCGUCACGCGAAUUCUAAUUAAACAAAAUAAAACGAGGUAAUUAAGAUCUUUUGGAAAAAGUAAAAUCAUUUUGGCCAUUACUAAAUUCAUUCUAAGACUCUUUAACUGCAAUUCGUCGUUUUGCUAUGCUUAAGGGACUGGUCAUUAUUCAUUGUCAGAGAGGUGUGAGGUGGGAUGGAUGUGAGAGGUCAGUUGAGUUUGGUUGUGUCACAAUCAUAUUAACCUAAUUCCCCCAUAAGGCUCUGCAAUAUUGUAAUGACUCCUCCCUCAUUAGCGGUGAACGUAAACUGACAGUCAAUUUUCUAUAUUCUCUUCUUUAUACUCUUUUGGUGAUGACUGAUCCUACCUCCGUUCGAAAAAUGUAAUUUCUGACGUUUGAGUGACAUGGGAACGAAUUAGUCAGAAAUUAAAAUUUUGAGGGCACGUUGAAGAGGUUCGCAUGGCAACACGGUGGUGUCGGAUUAUUUAAGCGUUUCGCGGGAAAAAUUAAAUCAUUCUUCGUCGGUCAGUCUUAGGUUUGACCGCUUUCUUUUUUUUUUUUUGUAUUUAAUGUAAUUUUGUUUUACAACUCUCUGUAAAAUAUCACCGCAUUCAUUGAAUUUUCUGUGUGAUUGGUAGUGUAACUAGUUUAUUUUAGCUACCCUUUCCUCGGGUUAUAGUGCUGCUGUAUUAGAUGAGGAAUACGUUUCCACAUAUUUUUUGGCCACUUCUAAAGAGUGGUUUUUCAGUGGUUUUUCGUAUCUGGCUUAGCACAGCCUAUUUUUGUAUAACCCUUCAGUUUCAGUGAAUACUUGCAGUACAUUGCAGAUUGUAGUAGGAUGUGUAGACUACAAGACUGGCUGACUCAUCCUAAAUAACUUUCACUUUGAAUAUCUCGCCUGAGUGUAGUCAGAAUCCAUGAGAUCUCCUUCAAAAUUACUUCAACCUCCUCCCUCCCCCCCAAGGGGUCUGUUAACCUUUUCUCCCUACGAUAUCCCCCCUGAGUCACACAUUAAGGUCACACGAAUAAAGGAAAUGCAAAUCAACAAAAAAAUCUUGUGAUUGUUAAACAAGUUCUCCUUGUCAGCAACUUAGGCAACGUGUACAGAACAGUAUGGAGAAUAUGCAUACUGAUGUUAGGGCGUGGUCAAUGAUUGUUGUUGUAAUUUUGCAUGAAUUUACUGAGAUGUAACUAGCGGCUCAUGUUAUGUUCCACUUGGCCUAUGCCAUAUAAGCCACUAGUUUUGAUACCUCUCAAAGUAAAAUCAAAAGAACAUUGUACAUGCUUAUCAAGUGAUAUUAAAAAACAAUCGAAAAAACUUUCUAUUCAUUUUUAAUUAUAGGAAACUUCCUUUCGUCACGCUGCCUUCCUAUCAUCUGUUUGUUAUUGUGAAUUGCUUACUCAAUCAGUCUCCAUUAAAUUUUGUGAUAACCUUUGGUCAACUCAGUUUUUUUUCUGAGUUUGUUGUUGUUGUUGUUGUUUUUGAAAGCUGUAUGUUUGUUUGACAUAAAUUUAAAUGACUGAAGGGGAAGGCUUCUGAAACAAGCGGAUUACCUCCUGAAUUUUUUACAAAGACCUAUCAGCUUCAAGUGGUUUAUAAAGUAACCCUGCAAAAGAGUUUUUGUAAAUGCUCCUUAAGAUCGCCUGAGAUAUUUUUACAACUUACGAUAACAAACAAGAAGCUAUAACUCAGAGUCUAAAUAAAAAUUGGUAUUUUGGCAAAAGUUGAAGGGCUAAAAAUUAUUUCACUUAAGUAAGAGAUAUAACUGUCUGCUGCAAGAUUCAAGUGACCGGACGUUUCGUUUGAGUGAAAGGGUUCCAUCAUACCUAUGUGAAAGAGAUUUUCCAAUCUAAAAUUUUGGUGAUGUAGUUUAUAGCAGAGCUUUCCACUUCUUCCGGGAUUAGUAUUCAGCCAUUUACCCUGAGGUCAAACAAACAAUCAAACUGAGUAUAAAAAAAUCACAGAAAAUAGUUAGAAUGGACAAAUGUUUAUUUUAGAAACUGGUAAGGACCGAUUGAGUAAGCAGUUUACAAUUAAGAUGUGUUUUACUCGGCUUCAGUGUACGACUACAAAACUUGCAGGAUAAGGUUACCUUCUCACAGUUCUUGGAGUAAACAUCGAGGACGAACUCUGGUUAGCCGAUGUUAGGUUUGGGGGCGCGAAUGUUAGCAUUCUACAGAUAAGCGGCUUGGAAGAUAAUCAGGUGCAUCAAAGUAGAAUUGGUCGAAUACGCGGAAUUGGAGACCAGUACAUCUUUGAACAAAUGGUUAAAACCAUUGCCACGGAGGACUCGACAUCACAAGCCAUCAUUGACGGAUUCGGCACUGAAAUACGCCCGAGAGCAGAGUUCACCAGUGUCUAUGGCCCCGAAUGA